CAGCUGGAGGCAGCAUCUUUUACUUGGGACUGGCCAGCAGGCAGAGCACUUGCAUGCCCAGGGAUCUGGGUGGAAGCAAAUUCACUCACAGCAGGGGCUCUGUCCUCCUCCCCUGCCCCUCCCCCAGUGGAACACUAUGGCAAGAUGCCCCACAUUGUCCUCCAGCCACAACUGGGACCACUGUGGACAAUGGACAGCACCAUGGACCUUUCUGCGGAAAAUGCCAGUCAUCCUGUGGCUGCUGCUGCCAGAUGCCUCCCUGCCUACUGUGAGAGGCCAGACCACAGUUCCUCCGGAAACAGUGAAGCUAUGGGCCGAUACCUUCGGUGGGAAUCUGUACAACACAGUGACCAGAUACUCAGGCUCUCUUCUGCUGCAGAAGAAAUACAAGGAUGCAGAACCCAGUCUGAAGAUCAAAGAGGUGGAUGGCUUGGAACUGGUGAAGAAGUUCUCGGAGGACAUGGAGACAAUGCUUCGGAGAAAAGUGGAGGCUGUGCAGAGCCUGGUGGAGGCCGCUGAGGAAGCUGACCUGAAUCAUGAGUUCAAUGCAUCUCUGGUGUUUAACUACUACAACUCGGUGCUGAUCAAUGAGAAGGAUGACGAGGGAAACUACGUGGAGCUGGGAGCUGAGUUUCUUCUCGAGUCGGAUGCGCACUUCAGCAAUCUGAGGGUGAAUGUCUCCAUGAGCAGCGUGCAGCUACCCACCAACGUGUACAACAAAGACCCAGACAUUUUAAAUGGCGUCUAUAUGUCUGAAGCCCUGAACCCCGUGUUUGUGGAGAACUUUCAGAGAGACCCUACUCUGACCUGGCAGUAUUUUGGCAGUUCAACUGGGUUCUUCAGGAUCUAUCCAGGAAUAAAGUGGAUACCUGACGAAAAUGGAGUCAUCGCCUUUGACUGCAGAAACCGUGGCUGGUAUAUACAAGCCGCCACUUCUCCCAAGGACAUCGUAAUUCUGGUGGACGUGAGCGGCAGCAUGAAGGGGCUGAGGAUGGCCAUUGCCAAGCACACGAUCACUACCAUACUGGACACGCUGGGGGAGAACGACUUUGUGAACAUCAUCGCGUACAGUGACUAUGUCCACUACGUCGAGCCCUGCUUCAGAGGCAUCCUCGUCCAAGCAGAUCGAGACAACCGAGAGCAUUUCAAGCAGCUGGUGGAUGCGCUGAUGGUCAAAGGCGUGGGUAUCGUGAGUCAAGCUCUAGUUGAAGCUUUCCAGAUCCUGAAGCAGUUCCAAGAGUCCAAACAAGGAAGUCUCUGCAACCAGGCCAUCAUGCUUAUCACUGAUGGGGCUGUGGAAGACUAUGAGUCCGUGUUCGAGACCUAUAACUGGCCAGACCGCAAGGUCCGAGUUUUCACCUACCUUAUUGGAAGAGAAUUGACUUUCGCUGACCGCCUGAAGUGGAUCGCCUGCAACAAUAAAGGCUACUACACACAGAUCUCUACACUGGCUGACGCACAGGAGAACGUGAUGGAGUACCUGCAUGUGCUUAGCCGUCCCAUGGUCAUCAACCACGACCACGACAUCAUCUGGACAGAGGCUUAUAUGGACAGCCAGCUGCUCACCACCUCAGAGGCACAAAGCCUGAUGCUCCUCACCACAGUGGCCAUGCCAGUCUUCAGCAAAAAGAACGAAACAAGGUCCCAUGGCAUUCUCCUGGGUGUAGUGGGCUCUGACGUGACCCUAAGGGAGCUCAUGAAGCUGGCACCCCGAUAUAAGCUUGGGGUGCAUGGAUAUGCCUUUUUGAACACUAACAAUGGCUACAUCCUGUCUCAUCCUGACCUCCGACCUUUGUACAGAGAAGGCAUGAAGCUGAAACCCAAACCCAACUACAACAGUGUGGACCUCUCAGAAGUGGAGUGGGAGGACAAAGCUGAAAUCCUGAGGACCGCCAUGAUCAAUGGAGAGACAGGGUCUCACUCCAUGGACGUGAAGGCGCCACUGGACAAAGGGAAACGCGUUCUAUUCCUAACCAAUGAUUAUUUCUUCACGGACAUCAGUGACACGCCUUUCAGCUUGGGAGUGGUGCUGACCAGGGGCCAUGGAGAAUACAUCCUCCUGGGGAACACGUCUGUGGAGGAAGGCCUGCAUGACUUGCUUCAUCCGGAUCUGACCCUGGCCAGUGACUGGAUCUACUGUAUCACGGAUAUCGACCCAGACCACCGGAAACUCAGCCAACUGGAAGCUGUGGUCCGUUUCCUGACAGGGGCGGAUCCAGACCUGGAGUGUGACGAGGAGCUGUUGCGGGAGGUGCUGUUUGACGCAGUGGUGACCGCCCCCAUGGAAGCCUAUUGGACAGCACUGGCGCUCAACAUCUCUGAAGACUCGGAGCCUGGAGUGGAUGUGGCCUUUCUGGGGACCCGGGCUGGACUUCUAAGAAGAAGCUUGUUUGUAGGUUCCGAGAAAGUCUCUGACAGGAAGUUCCUGACACCUGAAGAUGAAGCCAGUGUUUUCACCAUGGACCACUUCCCUCUGUGGUAUCGGCAGGCCUCUGAGCAGGUCCCAGGCAGCUUUGUCUUCAAUCUCCAAUGGGCAGAGGGACCAGAUAGCCCAGGCAAGCCAGUGGCAGUAAGGGCCAGCACCGCAAUAACUGUGACCGUGGACGGGAAGACGGCCAUUGCAGCAGCUGUGGGCAUCCAGAUGCAAGCAGACUACCUCCAGCGCCAGUUCUGGGCAGCCAUGCAGCAGUGCAACGCCGUAGAGGGGCCGUGCCCGAAGACCUGCGAGGACCCAGAUCUGGACUGCUUCGUCAUAGACAACAACGGCUUUAUUCUGAUCUCAGAGAGACCCCAAGAGAUGGGAAGACUUCUGGGGGAAGCGGAUGGUGCUCUCAUGAUGCAGCUUCUCAGCAUGGGGGUGUUCAGGCGCGUGACCAUGUAUGACUACCAGGCUAUGUGCAAGCUCCCAGAUCAUCACCCCAGUGCAGCUGGAUCCCUGAUGAGUCCUCUCUCUGCCUUCUUGAUGGUGGCCAGGUGGCUACUGCAUGAAUGCCUGCUGUUCCUGUUAGAGUGGAGUGCCUGGGGAUCCUGGCAGGACAAAGGGUCAGAGGCCAAAGCUGUCUUCCAUCACUCCCACAAGCACAAGAAGCAGGACCUGCUGCACCCCUGUGACACAGAGUACCCAGUGUUCGUGCACCAGACAGCCAUCCAGGAGGCUAACGGGAUCAUUGAGUGUGGGGUCUGUCAGAAGACAUUCGUGAUGCAACAGAUUCCCAGCAGCAACCUGCUCCUGCUAGUAACAGACCGUACCUGUGACUGCAGCGCCUACUCUCCCAUCCUCCAGGAGGCCACAGAAGUCAAAUAUAAUGCCUCUGUCAAGUGUGACAGGAUGCGCUCCCAGAAGCCCCGGAGACGACCAGGCUCCUGCCAUGCCUUCCAUCCAGAGGAGAAUGCCCAGGACUGUGGCGGUGCUUCAGACACGCUGCCUUCAUCCCCUCUGCUCCUGCUAUCACUGUGGGCCUGGCUGCUUCAGCACCAACUUCUGUGGUGACUCCAUCCCAUCUGACUUUCAUAGAAGGGAGACCUUACAGGACAUUCUACCAAGUUACCAGCUGAUGAGGGCCCAGCUCACAGCUGCGGGGUGUCUCUUUGGUUUCAGUCCUAGGCUACAAGUCUCUGCCUCUUAGAAAUUGCUAGAGGGAUCCCCAAGGCUCUUCAAGAUGCUGGGUACCAGCCACCUCAAGUUUUCUACUCUUGUCUCAAGUGAAGGGAGGACAGAAGUCAGUUACUCCUGUUUACCAAGGGUCACCCGUUUCCCCGGCUGGUCUUCUGCAGAUCUGAGGGGUUCUAGGGGCUGAAUUGAGCAGUGAGGUCCAUGCAGAGGCUGUGGCAAGAGCACGCUUGCCACCAAAAGGUACUUUCAUCCAUUACGGAUAGUGCAAGGGGUCACAGGCAGAGGGAGAGACGGGAGACUAGGAAAGGGACCAGAAGAGGGAAGAAAUGGAAAGUGUGGUGGUCCACACCUUUAAUCCCAUCACAAAUGGACCACAAUAGACAUUAAGUCCUGGAAACUAUCCUGGCCCGCUACCACUGAAGAAUCCCAACCUUUUCAUACUAAUAAUCUGAAGGAGUGGGGAGGGGUGUGUGGGAGGAUUUGGAGGGAAAGGGAAGGGAAAAAUGAUGUAACUAUAGUCUCAGAAAGGAAAAGCUAUUAGGAUGAGCUCCGCAGCUGCUGCACUGGGCACCAGCGUGGCACUGGACAAGCGUGAUUCAGAGGAGGUAGUGAGAAACAGCAGAAGCAGGACGAGCUCCUCACAGACCUCACUAAAGUAGGGAGCUAGGUGAGGUCUCCAAGACCCGUGGUGGGCUUUCUUGGCUCAUGAUUUACAAAAGAAACUAGACUGUUUCCGGGGAAAGUCCUGGGGUUUGCAAACAACACAUAAUCCCUGCCACAACGCUCAAGUAAGUUCUACAAUAUACCUGCCCUUUUUGGCAUUUUUUGAUAUAUGUCUCUGUGCAUUUGUGUGCCUGGUUGUACAACGAUGUGGAGGCCAGAGGUGAUGUUGGCUGCCUUCCUCAAUUAACUCCUUUAAUGUUUUUAGAUAAGACCUCUCACAACAUCUGUGUCCUCCAAUUCAGCCAGACUAACUGGCCAGCAAGCCCCAGAAACCCUUCUGUCACUGUCUCUCCAAGGCUGAGACUGCAAGCCUGUCCUGCUAUAGCCCUACUGUUUCAAUAGUUCAGGAACCUAACUUGGGUCUGCCUACUCCACUGGCUGAACCUCUCAAGCCCCACGAUUUACCUGUCUUAAAUCAGGAAACUAAACUGGCAGCAGUGGUACACACCUUUAAUCCCAGGACUGGGAGGCAGAGGCAGGAAGAUCUCUCAAGGAUGAGGCCAGCCUGGUCUAUAAAAUGAGUUCCAGACACCCAGGGCAGAAACCUUAUCUUGAUAAAUAAAUAAAUAAAUAAAUAAAUAAAUAAAUAAAUAAAUGAAUGAAUGAAUGAAUGAAAGAAAAAACCCUAAAGCUUGGAGAUGGGAAACUAGUUCUAAAUCUUAUCUUUGUGGAGUAGUGGGCAAAGUACCUAAAGCUAUCCUAGCACACAGUUAAGCACUAACAACAUACUAACCUCUCUCACCCUAGCAAGCUGCCUCAUGGGUAGGCCCAGGUGAAGUACCAAACUGUCAUAGCAGUGUUUCCUCCUUCAUGCCACCAAGACAGUAUUGUCAGGCAUGACAGACUAGGUCUUCCCUGAUGGCCGCCACAGCAUCUGCCUUCCUAGUCAUUCAUGUUGACCUCUACUCAGCAACAUUAGGGGUCAAUGACAAACACAGCAAGUCUCUUGAGGGGCUCAUCUUUUUUUACCCAACCAGGGAGAGCAUUUGGGGAUGUUUAUCAACUAUUUUGGCCACAAGAGAAAUGCUAAGUGUAGGAUUCCAGGCGGCUCCUGGCCAUGAGCCACGGGGCUCUUGUGCCUGGCACUAAUGAAAAAUUAAGUUUUAGACCCUCACCCGAGCAGAUGAAGAAAAGGCACUUCUGAUGAACUGAUGUUCCUACCAUGGACAAGGUGUGCCUGCCUCUCAAUUCUGAGGCUAGUGCUGCCAAAGGACAUGUAGGAGGAUGGCCAAGACACGAAGCUGCAAACUAAGCCCUCCUCAGAGGUUUCUGAAUGGUCAUAACUCCUUCAAGACGGUGGAAGGCUGCAGUCUGGAUUAGGCGAAGUAUCUGGCACCUUGACUUUAGAGGAAUGAAGUUGGCACCAAGAUUACAUGAAUGGAAUACGGCAUUCUGGCAUCUCUCCUUAUCUGUGUUGCCUUCCACCACAGGAGCUGGAGCGCUGUCAGAAGCACCAGGAAUGUGCUAGAGUGUGUGUGCUAGAACAGAACCACCUCAAAUAAAAGGCUUCAACAGCA